CAUUUAAUAAGAUAUGAGGAAAAUAUUGUGUUUUCUCCUUUUUCUUGAAUUAUUUUCCCAAUUCAACGCAUUUUUUGGCUUACGAGACGGAGGAAACAAUGUCAAGAAAUAUGAAUGGUAUGAAGAAAGAAAAACAACGCGGAAAUGUAGUUUUUGGAAAUGGGGCCGUUGCACUAAAUAUGUAUCAGAAUACAAGUACAGUUUAAAAUGUGAAACAGGUUGGGCCGUAGCAAACAUAUUUUCACAAGAUUGUGAUUAUGCAAUUUGUGACGGAAAAACUGAUUUAAAUGACGCUUGUGGUAUAUCGUAUUCUUCUGAUUAUCAGAUAACAAGACUAGGAAAUGUCUACCACAGUGGAGGAAGUUGUUCAUCUCCAAAUGUUUGUACAGACUGCAAUCAUGGAUUCUAUGCUGAUGGACCAUAUUGUCGUUUAUGUGGGACCAUUGAUCAUUGUAACUACAGAAGAUGUACUACCUCUAGCAAUCAGCACUGUGAAUGGUGUGAUGGGGAAAUAACACCAAAUAUAUAUUGGAGAGCUUACACAAGACAUCUUGAUAAUACAAAAUGUCAAAAGGCUUGUUCAUGGAGAACAGAUAGUACACGAUGUUACCCUGGAACUUGUACUAAUGAACUCGCCAGUGGUUGUGUGUGUGCUGAUAACUUUAGUGGAACACAUUGUGAAAACAUUGACAACACACCAACAAUAGAAUACAAUCAUUGUAAAUUUUCUGACAACGGUGGACAUCAUGUUCUAGAAAAUGAUCCAAACUGGGUCACUGAUGGCCAUGCAACUAUUUGGACAAACUUUGCUGCAUAUAGCAGUAUUUCAGUAGUUGAAAGAGCAAAAUAUUUGCAGCCAGCUGAUAAUAGAGAUUCUCAACAUUAUGUGAAAUAUUUCCGAGUUGGUGUCAUUGAGGAAAAAGCAACUCUCUUAUAUUAUAAAGGUUCAACAUAUGUUUCCAAACAGACAAAGACAUGUAAUGGUAUGAAUAAAAACCAGCCUGUAGAUUUUAAAGAAUGCAGCUUUUCCUUUAAUGCUUGGUCAUUUACUCAUAAUGAUAGAGUAGUUGCUGAAUUCUCCUCUACCAAUGGAGGAUAUGUGAGUGUGGCUAACCGUGACUCUAGUUCCACAGAUUCUGUGAAAAAGACUUAUUACUAUUCUGGACAAACCCUGACACGGGAGUUUGAGUUCCACUGGGAUUUAGAGAACCCUUAUCAUUGUUCUGUGUCGUCAGGAACAUCUUGUACUCCAUUUCUAAAUAUUUUAGAUGAUUUAACUGAAGAUCCUAAUCUGAGUUUUACAUGGGGAGGAUGGUCAGAUGACUUAUCAGGACUAGAUCAUUAUGAAUAUGACCUGUUUGACCUUGGAGUGGAUGGUUCAAUAUUGAUUGAUGGUGCUGGCGCUGGUGGAUCUUUAGUGUCAUCAAAUAAAAAUGUACCAAUCACUGAAUCCUCUGGAUCUGUGGUUUUGACGGAACCUGGGAUGUAUUCCUUACAUCUUGUUGCCUAUGAUAAAGCUGGAAAUUUUAAAACAGGCAGAAAUCUUUUCCUGUAUGAUGACCAGUCUGUUGUAGAUACCCAAGGAAAUCAGCCGACCUACUGUUCAACUGCCUCUGAAGAUACAUCAUAUACUUGGGUUACUAUAGAUACAAACCAGGUCAAGGUCGAUUGGAAAGAUCGAUUUAUAAAUAUCAGACAUAAAAAUAAUAAAUGGUUAAACCUGGUACAGACAUAUGCACCAGGGGAACCUAAAAUUGUGGUGUAUGAAGAUUUGUAUGGAGACAGAACAAAUGUUCAAAUAAAUAAUGUGCAUGCCAUUGUUGAUUUCCAAGUAUCAUAUCAGGUUGACAGCAGUGACUCAAUAACCACAAGUGUCAAGGAUUCACGACCUUUCACCUCUGUUUCGAACAUAUAUAACCAGUAUGACAUCUUAACAUUAGACUGGGCUGAUGGAGAUCAAUUGACAGCUACAGUUAAAGCUAUUGAUGUACUGGACAAGACUAACCAAGAAACAAUCGUGGUGUACAGAGAUGCUACGCCUCCUAUUGUAGAAAAUGUAUGGUUAACAAAAGGGGACAGAUUAAAUGUUAGUGUGCACAGUUUAGAAGAUUUUACAAAGAUGACGAUAGAAUGGGAAGCAUAUGAUGUACACAGUGGCUUGGAUUCUGUGUAUUGGAGAUUAUAUGACAGUAAGACUGGAGUUCUCCAUGGACAUGAAGAUAUCAUAGCUCAGGGACAUUCUACUAAUUUGACACAUUGUGAGGAUAAAUACAGUGAUUAUGCAAGGGGAGCUAACUGCUACUGCACACCAUUCCAGGGAUGUUUCCAUCGUCAUUUCCAAAUUAAACCUGAAAUAAAACAAGAUGGAGGAUUGAUAGUUAAUAGAGAUAAAGGGACGCAUGAAUAUGAUUAUUUUAUAGAGAUAUCUGUCACAAGUAUCGCCAAUUUAACCACUGUCCUGACCAGAAAGAUAACAGUAGACAUCAGUCCACCACAUUCAGGUGCUGUCCAUGAUGGACAACAAGGAAACCCAGAAAUAGACUACCAACAAGGAAUGGACCUAAAUGCCUACUGGGACCAGUUCUUUGACAGAGAAAGUGGGGUGUUUUUCUACCAGUAUAUAGUAAAUACAACAUGUGCUGAUAAGACUGAUUUUGUUCUUAAUGGUUCAAAUCCAAAUAUUGUAGAAACAUACAAUAGUUUUGGUAGUCACACAGUCAGUGGAGAUGGAACCUAUUAUUUCACUGUGGUUGCUUAUAACAGGGCCCUGGACCCUUCCGAACCAGUGUGUUCUGAUGGCGUUACUAUAGACAGUUCUGUACCAGGAGUUAAGGAGGUGGUUGUUAAAGAUUCUCUCAUCACUGGCGGUCUUGUCAAAGACCCAGACAAUGUGGACUACUAUAUCCUGGGACCAGAUCGCGUCAGGAGACUGAUACCUAAUCCUACCGCUGACUGUAUAACUAAAGCCACAGCUUUGAAUAGUAUAAAUCUAUUUCCUUUGACAAAAACUGACAAUGGAAGUAUUGUUGAAGUAGAUGGGAAUAUUUUCUGCAGAAAUUCCAGUUCAUCACCUAGUGUCAUAGGAUUAACUUUAUUUAAAUCAUCAUUGCUAGAGAUGUCAUGGGAACCUUAUGAUAUACCAGCCAAAAUAUUUGAUUAUGAAGUUGGAUUUUCGUCAACAGCAGGAAGUUCAGCACCUGACAUCAUGGCGUUCCAAUCAACAAAACAACAUUCUCAUGCAAGAAUAAUGCAUACCAACAUACCAGAUGGAACACAGUUUUAUAUCAUUAUCAAAACUAUCAGUAAAUCCAAUGUAGAAGGACUAACAACCUUAGGUCCAUGUUUCAUGGACACUACACCACCAGAGAUUGUUGGAGGUAGUAGUAUAUUUACAGUACAGUUGUCAGGGGAGUAUCUGGUCACCACAUGGCCUGGUGCUUCUGUGUCUGAUAGUGAAGAAUUGUUUACACUGGACUAUCAGUUUGCAGUCGGUCACAGUGCAUACGGAACCGAUGUACAAGGUUUUCAACCAUUACAGUCAGGUGGCACCUGUACAUUGACACAGCCUCCAUCUUGUACAGCUGUAAAGGUAACCGACCUGGACUGGUAUCUACAUGGACAUCACACAUACUAUGUGUCACUCAAGGUUACCAACACAGCAGGACAAACAGUCAUCCAGUCAUCUGGUCCCUACAUACAUGAUGUACAGUUACCAGCAGAGGGAGUUGUUUUAGAUAUUGAUACUCAGGAUUUUUCAACAGACAUCCCCUUAAAGGAUAUACAAGACUUAGACUUUCAGACAUCCACCAGCAGUAUGGCUGCCCGUUGGUCAGGAUUUGCCCAUCCACAUUUAGAUGUAACCUACAGUAUAAGUAUUGGUACUACUAUGGGAGGAAGUGAUGUUGUAUCAAUGAAGGAUGUGGGUACCAGUCUAGCUCACCAGGAAACAGGACUGUCUCUGACACCUUAUCAGAAAUACUAUUUUACUGUAAAAGCUGUAACUACAGCAGGGAAUACAGCUAUAUCGUCUGACGGUGUUACCAUAGUAACAGAAAAUGGUGUCCUGUCAGGAGUUUUAAUUUAUGAUGGAGAACCUUGUAACAUGACUGAUAAAAUGUUAGAACAUCAUAUGGAGGACCACAGAUUGUACUGUUCAGAUGAUGUCGACAUCCAGAUGUCUACUAAUUCAUUGAAAGCCUACUGGACAGUUCCAGAUAAUGUAAAGAACUACACACCUGAUGCAUACAUUGCCAUAGAGAAGAGAUCCAGUGUUGGAAAUCAAUGGAGUGUUUUCCGUGAUUUCCUUCAUGUGUCAACAAUAUUUGACAUUAGUAUAGACGACCUGACAUUGAACCCAGGUAUCAAAUAUCGAAUUGUAUUAAAACUGUGUGCCAAAACUAUCUGUUUCUCACCAAUCAAUACCGAUGGUGUCAUGGUAUUGGCAAAUUCCCCCAUAACAGGGGACAUAACUGUGGAGCAUCUUAAUACCACACAAACAGGUGGGGCUGAGAAGCUGAUGGUGUCUUUUGCUCAGUUUUAUGACCCAGAUAUUGAGGACAUGGUUGAAAAGUAUGCUGCAGUUGAUAAGUAUGAGUUUGCUAUCACAGAUAAUUCUGAACAGGGAAAGACAUACAUGGUGUGGACCAAAUUGGAUUUUACGGCCAUUGGACAUCAGAUUACAUUUGAAUAUGUUUUGAAUGGUACAAUGGAUUUCUCCCGAUGCAAAAGAUUUUCUAUUAGGGGAUACAACAAAGCCAAACAGUACUCAACAGUGUCUACGGACAUCAAAGAUUGUCAGGCAUUUAAUCCAAUUCUAAUAAAACCUAAUAUUGUUAUAGAUGCCGUUGGAGCACCUGAUGCUAAUGAUGGAAUCGGCAGACCUGUUUUUCUUGAACAAAAUGCUUUGUGGACAGAAGCAGAUAGAGACUAUACUGCAUACAAGAAUGUGAUUUCAGCUGUGUGGCCAACCUUACGGCAUAAAAAUUAUGACUAUGCCGUAUUAGAAGCCAUAGAUAUUGAUGUUACAACAUAUUAUCGCCAAGUUAAUCAGCUUAAUUUGAAGAUACCAUGUGACCAUCCAGAUAGAAUAAAAUGUGGUCAUACAGAAAAUGGGUUUAUCAAUGUAGAGUUUACAAACAACGAGUUAGUUCAUGGUACUCGCUACACUGUGUGUGUCCAUGCUGCUGCUACAAAAGUUCAACAUGAAACCUGGAUAGAGAAUCUUCCAGAGAUUAGCUCCUGUAGCGAUGGUGUGAUUGUGGACCUGACUCCACCUGUAGCAGGCAGAUUGUGGAUUGGUACUAAUCCUGGUCAAAUUUAUCAGACCGCCAUUACAGACUUGUAUGUAAAUUGGGAUGGAUUUCACGAUGUAGAGGAAUAUGGAGUAGGGCCACAUUCUACUGGUAUUAAACAGUAUAUACUGGGUAUCGGAACAACUCCUGGAGGAAAUGAUGUCCAUGCCUUUGAGAAUAUUGGAGUGGUACAACACAAAGCUUUACCAAAACUUACUUUCCAGAACGGGUACCAGUAUUAUGCAACUUUGAAAGCUGUUGAUUUUGCUAACAGGGAAACACAAAAAGUGUCCGACCCAAUUACAAUAGACUACACACCACCAGAGAGAUCUGACAAACCAAUCACUUUAUCAAAUCGUCAUAUCACAUCAACAACAGAGAUUAGUCCAUGUUGGAAAGGAGUAUUUAUUGAUGUAGAGUCUGGUAUAGAUUAUUACCUGUGGUCAAUUGGUUCAGAGCCUGGAUAUACAGAUAUGAUGUCUUAUUUGAAAGUUGUUGAUGAAGAAUGUGGAAUGACAGACGAAAACAAUCCUUUAGAUCUCCAGGAUGGUCAUUUUUAUUAUAUCAAUGUCAGGGCAUUCAAUAAGGCAGGAUUAUCAUCAUUAGCUACAUCCUGGGCUUUCAAAGUGGACACAACGCCACCUACACCUGGUCAUGUGUAUGAUGGAGAUAAAAGUCAGCUGACAGGAAGUGUCAAGGACAUUGACUACCAAACAGACACCAAAGUGUUACAUGCCUGUUGGGAAGGUUUCCAUGAAUCUCAUUCCACCAUUAAAGAUUAUUAUGUUUCUGUUGGGACCUGUCCACAGUGUGAAGAUAUUUUACAGGAACAGGCUGUGGGAAUUACGUAUGAAUUUACAUUAGAGAACACCCACCUUGGUACAGGACUGAGGUAUUACACAACAGUGACAGCAUGUAACACAGCAGACAUGUGUACUACUGCGACAUCAGAUGGCGUGAUUAUAGACAACAGUCCACCAACAGCUGGGGCAGUACAAGAUGGAACAGGAUUCUACGAUACUGAAUAUCAAUCAAUGCCGAUCUACAUAUCAGCCAAGUGGUAUGGGUUUGAUGACCCUCAGUCUGGUCUCCAGAAGUAUAUUUGGAGGGCAGGAACAAAGCCAGGUUAUGAUGAUAUAGUACCUCCUAUAGCGCUCCAUUUGACAGAGACUGCAGCAUUACUGAACUCUACUAGUUAUAACCUUGACCUUCCUUUGAACAAGAGAAUUUAUGUAACAGUAAGAGCAUAUAAUAAACUAGGUUUGUGGUCUGAAUCAUCAUCUAAUGGUUUUAUUGUGGACAACACACCACCAGUUAUAGCAAAACCACCUACAUUCUCAACUGACUUUGGAAUUAAGGGAUUGACACAGAUCUAUAGAACAUCAAUGAAGGUGGAAUGGGCUGAUGAUGACGACGAGUCAUAUAUAAAAAGACAGUAUCUGUCUGUCAAAUCUCAUAUUGGAGGAGAGUUCAUGCUGUCUUCACAGUCAGUGAAUGGUAUAGCCAGGUCCUAUGUAUUUACUGGACUAGAUUUACAUGAUGGAGUGACCUAUUAUGUGACCUUAAUUUCCUGUAACAGUGCUGAGAUAUGUAUAACUUCUACAUCUCAGGGAAUGUUUGUUGAUAGUACUCCACCAUCUAGAGGAACAUUUGCUGUGGCUACUGACCAUGCAGUUAAUCCAGACUUAACCAGAAAUGAAAAAGGAUGGAUGACCUGGGGAACCAAUGCUGUUUACCUGGCAUGGCUAGGAUUCAGUGAUAUCCAUUCACAGAUAGAUCAUUACAUGGUCACUGUAGGGUCAUCAUACAUGGCUAAAGAUUUGACUAAGGAUCACACUGCUAAGUACAUUCAUGUUGAUACCAACACUGACCAUGGUGAUGAGGGCAAAGUUCAACUGUACAAAGUGGAGACACAAACACUGACUAAUUAUGAUGAGUUGUUUAUCACUGUGUGGGCAGUAAAUAAGGUUGGUUUGAGAAGUCAUAUGGUCCAUUCAGCCUUUACAAAGACUCCACCAAGCUCUUUAGAUUUGAUGAGAAGAUGUGAUGCUCUAUCAUGUGAAGGUCAUUGUGUUUGUGCUCCACAGGACCAACGAUGUCCAUAUUCACCAACUUUGGGAAACUGUACUGAUGUAUCAGAUAGUGUAUUUUCUGGUACCCAGUAUACAUUAUUUCUAGUGAAGGAUACUAAUGGCUACUCCACUGUUGACCAGGCUGUGACAGCAUCUAACAAUGUUCUGAGAGCUACAUGGCAGAUUUCACAGAUAUAUCCAUCUAAACCUAAGUGGUAUGAAUGGAGUGUAGGGUAUGCAGACAAGUUAGGACCAGAAGGUAUCUUUGACCCAGUAGAUGAUAAAGUGUGGCAGGACGCUGGUCAGUUAAUGGAUGCUGUGUUUACUAUUGGUCAAGGUAAAGACUUACUGAGGAAUACAUUGGUAUAUUCAGUGUAUGUGAAAGUUUGGUAUUCCUCUAACAUCUAUGCUGUAUUUAAGACAAAUGGUAUAUAUGUGAUGACACAAGCACCUGUUUUAGCAACAGUCAGAGGCACAGCUGUAACAGAAAAAGUGCAAGGUACAACAGCUAAAGAUGAUGAUUACAUGAGGAUAGGACGACCUAUAACCUACACAUGGAAAAAUAAAUUCCUGGAUGCUGAGGCAACAAUAGAGAAAUAUAGACUGUAUCUUAGUUCAUUUCCUGGAGGUUAUGAUAUCCUGACAAUACCAGAGGUUAUACCAGGGACAGCCACAGGAUACAAUAUGUCUAGAAUCAACCUGAUACCUGGUGUUAGAUAUUACUCUAAUGUCAUAGCUUAUAACUAUGCUGGAGUCCAUACUACAUCUACAUCUGAUGGAUUCAUUGUGGAUCAUGUUGAUCCAUCGUCUGGCAUUGUUUAUGAUGGAUUAGGAAUACUGGACGUAGAAUACCAGAACUCCACAGACAAUGUGGCAGCUCACUGGCAUGGAUUUAUAGAUACAGAGUCGAGUAUACUGUCAUACUACUGGUGUGUAGGGGAGACAACCCAUGUACACAGAAUUUACGCCAAUACAGAAUGUAGUGUUUUACCAUGGACUAACGUUGGACUUCACACUUCUGUAUCAAAGAAUCUAUCUAUAGAGAUAUCACAGGGAAUCACAAUUUACAGUAAAGUGUAUGCUAUUGAUAGUGUCGGCAGAAGAUCAUCCAUUGUUGUCUCUGAUGGGGUUAUAAUUGACAUAACUCCUCCUAUUCCAGAAAAGUUCAUUCAUGCUUCAGAAAUUCUUGGAAAUAAUACAUCAUUUGAAAUCACUGGUGGGGAUGAUAUUACGUUUGAAAAUGUUAGUUCUACUGAUAUUUGUAUGGUUUCGGAUAGUUACCAUCCAUUGUCAUGGAUUCCUUCGACAAUAACUUGUAUGGCUGUGGUGUCGUCUGAUGUUAAUUUAGCUAAAGAUGGUCGAUCAUUUUUGUUCAUAAGAGGAAAUGUUCAGCAGCAGUUAGAUCAAGUGAGGGCAGGAUAUCUAUACAAAGUCUCAUUUUUCUCCAGCCAUUUGCCAAUAACAGAUUCUGUUGGAGCAAACAAAGAAGGGUUUAUACAGCUUAAUGAUGUAAAACAUAUAUUCCUGAUCUACACAAAGCCGUAUCGUCAUGAUGGACAUGGACAGGGAAACAGUCGUGAGACAAUCUCCUGGCAUGCUCACACAUUCUAUUUCCAAGCCACCAAUGACCAUGCAAAUAUCACAAUCGGAAGUAUCGACAUGACUACAGGGAUAUUUUUAGAUGAUCUUUCUGUACAGGAAGUUAACUUAACAACUGGCGCUACAAGUGGCCAUGUGCUUGGUCAUGUUGUUUAUUUACAUGAAUGGAGUUCUAUCCAUGGAUCAUGGAGUUUCACAGAUCUGGAAUCAACAGUAGUAGAUUACACAUGGGCUAUAGGUUAUGCAGAGGGAGGUACACAGAUCCAACCAUUCAGAAGUGUGGGAUUGAUGAACUUUGCCUUUAACAACAAUGUAACACUGGUCCACAACACCUAUAUUUAUGUGACAGCUAUAGCCACUAAUGCUGCAGGGUUGAGGGGUGUGUCAUUUUCUAAUCCCAUACUGGUAGACCUGACACCACCUAAUAUUAGAUUUGUUAAUGAUGGAGCAGGUACAGAUGAAGAUGCCUGGGAAUUAAAUGAAGUGAUUGCUAACUGGGCUGUUGAAGAUCCUGAAUCUGGUAUCCUGUUAUGUCAAUGGGCUAUAGGUUACCAGCCUGGAGGGAAUGACUUACUACCAUACACUGAAGUAACAUCUACAACAGCCUAUAAAGAGUUCCCUUACAGUGUGUUAACAGGCUAUACCAUUUACACAUCACUGACAUGUGAAAACAAAGCUGGAUUGUCUUCUGUUAUGUCAUCUAAUGGAGUAAAGAUUUCAAACCUGCCUCCUACAUCCACAACAGCAGUUGUCCAGACAUUGCCUUUGUCAUUGACAGAAUACAGUCCAAGGGACUCAUACCAAGGUGUUAAUGAUAAUAUCAGACUCAAGUGGACUGGAUUUGAUGACAAUAUAGGAGUAGAAAGAUACAAGGUGUUUUAUCAAGAUGAUGGUUUAUCAGAGUUAAUGUUCUUUGCAGAUGUACAAGAUGUACUGUAUGCACAUUUUACAAAGAUGUCUCUUACAGAGGGAUCUCACAACUUCUCAGUACAAGCUAUAAAUAAACUGUUUAAACGCAGCAAUAAAGCAACAUUAUAUUCUAUAACUAUUAUGUCAUCGCCAAAAGUAGAGACAACAAAGACCCUGACAAUAAACUGGAUCAAUAAACAGGUGAUUGUUUCAUGGGACAAUAUUUUUACAUCAGAUAAUGACAUAUUCUAUGAAGUGUCGUCUGGUUCUACGCUAGGAGGGGUUAAUAUUAUCCAAUGGCAGGAAACCAACCAAACCAGUAUAACAUUUGGUAUACCAGCAUCUGUAGCAGCUAUCAGCGGGUUACCAGUCCAUGUAACAGUCACAGCCAUCUCCGUAGGCGGAUUUUCAGCAGUGAAAACAGGAACUUUCAAACUUCCAUAGAUAUUAUUUUUUGUCAGUUAACCAGUAACAACAAAAACUGAGACAUAUUACUUAUGAAACUAUAAAUCCAUAAUUUUAAAUAUGGGCAUUAAUGACAAUGUUUACUCAAUUGCAAAAAGUUUUUUUUUUGUAUCUUAAAACUUAUUCACCAGUAUAAUACAUGUAGGUACAAAUAAAUUUAUUUUUAUAUGGAAGUAAAGUUUUUUACAAAAACUAUUUAAUAAAGAGAAAAUUGAAAUAAAUUAUAUUUUUAAUAUUCAGAUAGAGUGAGAGACCCAUAUUCGCCGCAUAAUUCGUUCAUUUCCACUUACGUCUAACCUACAUUCAAAUAUUUGGAACUUUUAUGAAGGUUUCAGAAAUUUAACUAUAUGAAAAAAAUGUUUGAUAAAGAAAUUAUCUUCAAAACAUUGGUUAAUUGUUCUAAAAACGAACGCAAACUCAAGAGGAAAUCAAGUUGUUCAUGUACCAUGGGGGACACAUUUUUGCCGCAAUGUAUGAUAUGACCAUCCUCAUUAUCUUGGUAUAUUAUAAAAACGAAUGUUUGCAAUUACAUGAAUUAGCUUGAGAGAUCAUUCCUAUACGAUUUUUCUCACAAAUAUUUACUUUAAGACUGCGCAUGAUUGCCAGAUAAAUCUUACAUAAUUGCCAAAAUCAUUUAAAAACACCUGCGUAUUUCUCAGUAUGUAUGAAUAACCUUAGAAAUGGGGUAAAGAGGAAUAUCAACAGUUGUAACAUUACAAACAGCCUUUACCAUCUAUUAAGGCAAGUAUUGGAUAAAGGCACACAAAUUUUACAGAAAAAAUGGCAAAACGGCGAAUAUGCGCCACCCACUCUAUAUAAUAAUUAAAAUAUAUAUAAUAUAAUAUAAAAAGUAUUUUGCCAACUGUACCUAUUUAAAGGACCUUUUAUUUUUUAUACUAUUUUUCCAUAUUUGAAAAUUUGGAAAACAGAACAAAAGUUCUAACAGUAGUAGCUAGAUCUUACCUACCAAAUUGAUAUUUUAACAUCUAAAAUGUCAUCAUUUACUGAUUUGUUACAAUUUUUUACCAUGAUUAUAAUAUCUUUUUCCCGUCCAAAUGUGUUAUACUUAUUGUUGCUUAUUUUUUCAUGUUAUCUCGUUCAUAUUUGUGAUAUUUAAAAAUAACUGUGAUAUUUUGAAAGUUGAGUUACUUUCUCAUCUGGUGCAGAAAAAUUGUUACCGUUUAUGUUAUUAUGAAUAAUGUCUACCCAAAAUCUCCUUUUAUUUAUAUUUGUCAUUUAUGAUUACGAUCUCCUACAUUUGUUUGUGCAUCUGGUGCAGUAUUAUUGGUACUGUUAAUGUUACUACAGUUUACAAAGGCAUGUAAUAACUUGUUUAUUACAUGUGCAGUAGUGAGUUUCAAUUUGUUUUGGCAGAUUCAAAUUAUUUCUCAGAGUAACUUUUCUUUGUUACCUAGACAACUAGAGGGAAGUAAACAAAUGUAUUCAUGUCAUUAAAAUUUUAAAUUACCUGUAUAUAUUUAUUUCAAUUCCAGUACGUCACAUAUUUUUAUAAACACUUUCUGCAAUAGACUAUAGUAAAAAAAUAUGAAAUUGGACAUAUUCCUUAAGCAUAACCUGGACUUGUUAAAAUGUUGUACACACUUCUAAUUUUGUAGAUUUUUCUUCAAAUAGCCUCAGACUUGGUCUUAUUCAGAUUGAUUCUUAUGUAUCUAUGAUUGUUAAUAUUAUGUUAAUGUUCAUUGAUGGUCUUUUUCUCAAAUGAUACAAAAUAAA